GGACUUGAAACCAUUUCUUAACCAAAAUUAAUACUUCGAAUUUUGUAAUAUAAAUAUUAUUUAAUAAUUACAUAUGGAAUAUUAUAAUCACAAUUCUAAUUUAUUAAAUAUCAUUUUCCUGCUCUUCCUGCAAAACCCUAAUUUCAAUUCCUUCAACAAAUUUUCUGAAAUCAUCGGGAAAAUUAUAUAAAUAAUUUCAUAUAUUUUUGUAUGAAUCAAGUCCCGCCAUUGAAGCUCAGACAAAGCUACAACACAGUACUGUUGCUGUAGUGAAAGUGUGAAUUUGAAGUCUAUCUCUUGUGGUUGUGUUUGAUUUUUGGAGAAAUGGAGGGAAAAGAGGAUUCUCAAAUGGCUCCAAGAACUGAAAAUAUAAUUCAUUUUGGGGCUGUCUCACCGCCGGUGGCUGCUCCGGCUGUGGCCCCUGAGGGAGUGGCGGUGGCAGGAGAAACCCCGGUGAGUACGGAUGGGAAGAAGAAAAGGGGGAGGCCAAGAAAGUAUGGCCCGGAUGGGGCUUUGGCUUUGUCUCCGAUGCCAAUCUCAGCUUCAAUUCCGUUGACUGGAGGAGAGUAUCCAACGUGGAAGGCUAAGAAGGAGAAGCCAAUUGACUUGUACAUGAAGAAGCAUAGAAUGGAAUAUGGAAGUCCACAAGGUGAGAGGGAGGCCUACACUGCUGGGGCAAAUUUUACUCCACACAUUAUUACUGUUAAUGCUGGCGAGGAUGUCUCAAUGAAGAUCAUGUCAUUUUCUCAGCAAGGUUCUAGAGCUAUAUGUAUUCUUGCAGCAAAUGGUGCUGUUUCCAAUGUUACUCUUCGGCAGCCUAAUUCAUCUGGAGGAACUUUGACCUACGAGGGACGUUUUGAGAUCCUAUCUUUGUCUGGAUCCUUUAGGCCUACUGAUAGCGGGGGAGCAAAAAGCAUAAGUGGUGGCAUGAGUGUCUCAUUGGCAGGCCCAGAUGGACGGGUCAUGGGUGGCGGACUUGCUGGUUUGUUAGUAGCAGCUGGUCCUGUUCAGGUUGUGAUUGGCAGCUUUAUUCCUGGCUAUCAGCAGGAGCCAAAGCCUAAAAAGCAGAGAUCCGAGUUUGCACCAACUAUCUCUCCGAUCCCUGCUCCUAAUCAUGCUUAUGCAGGAAGUACUGAUUCAAUAUAUACUGGUCCAAUCCGAAGCAUCACCCCUCCUUCAUAUCAUGGAAUCAAUGGGAAUGCAGGUAACUUUGUUAAUGGCCCGCCUAUUUUAGCUGCGGAAAAUAAUACUUCGUUGCCCAGAGAAGGCCAUACUGUUGUACCUGCCGAAAAUAACAUGCCUAUGCCUGGAGAUGGCCAAACUAUGGUUGCUGCUGAAAAUAACAUAUCUAAGCCUGGAGAAUCAGAAAAUCUCAGUCCAUCAAAGUGCAUGGUUUCAUGCUGAUCUAGGCAAUCUGUCUCGCAGUUCUGGGCAGGUCAAGUGAUUUGCCCUUGAAGACCUUAAAAGUUCUAGGCUCAACCCCGUUUAGUCCCCAUAUCAAACAGGCUAGUUUCGGUCCGAGGCAAAUCUAGGUUUACAAUAUCUACUACUUAUCUUUUAGGCUAGGACUUCAGAAAGCAAAUUCUCCUUUAGCUCUAGUGAUCAUUUGCUGUCUGCGGUUGUUGAUUUAGAACUUUAAGUGUAUCAGUACUUUGUUUUCGCUUUACCUGACUUGCUUAUAUCAGGAUGGUUGGAAGUUAAAAUUUUAUAUAUUUAUAGCUGUGUGGUUUGAAAUCACGAACGAUCGUAGUUGAAUGAAGUUUGUCAGUACUUGUGAUGUUCA